AUGCCUUCUCGCUUCAUCGAAAGAUCGAAUGAACCGCUCAUUGGGGCUAUUGACCAGGGCACCACAUCCUCUCGCUUUCUCAUCUUUAACACCAAUGGCGACCUUAUAGCCUCUCAUCAGCUCCCCUUCACCCAAUUGUACCCCCGCCCUGGCUGGCAUGAACACGGCCCAGAAGAACUCGUGAGUUCCGUCGAGCAGUGCAUCGAGGGCGCCGUCGAAACCCUCGAACGGCUCGGUCCGUACUCCUGCGACUUGAUCAAGAGCAUUGGUAUCGCCAACCAACGGGAGACCACCGUCGUCUGGGAUUUGCAAACUGGCAAAGCCCUCCACAAUGCCAUCGUAUGGACCGACGUCCGGACGCAACAUAUUGUUUCGGAACUUAAGUGCCGUCCCGGCGCAGAUGAACUAGCCUCCAGAUGCGGUGUCCCUCUUUCCACCUACCCCUCGGCGACGAAGCUCCUCUGGCUACUCGAGAAUGUGCCUGAGGUCAGCAGCGCGUAUGAGCGCGGAACUCUAGCCUUUGGUACUGUCGACUCGUGGUUGACGUACAAGCUCAACGGCGGUGUCUACCGCAAUGUCCACGUCACGGAUCCUACUAAUGCAUCCCGGACCAUGUUCAUGGACCUUGAAACCCGCCAAUACGAUGAUUUCCUGCUCAACUGGUUCGGGAUUGACCGCACAAGAGUGAACCUGCCGUUCAUAUUACGGUCAUCUGACGCGGAGGGAUAUGGCUCGCUCUUCGGAACCUCCCUCCGCGGCGCCAAAAUCACCGGCUGUCUCGGCGACCAAUCGGCCGCCCUGCUCGGCCAAAACGGCUUCGUUACCGGUCGCGCAAAGAACACCUACGGAACGGGCUGUUUCCUCCUCUGCAAUGUCGGCCACAAGCCCGUCUCUUCCGCCCGCGGCCUUCUCUCAACGGUGGCAUUCGACUUUGGAGAGGGUAAAGCCAUGUACGCUUUGGAAGGGAGUGUCGCAGCUGCGGGCUCGACUAUCGAGUUCCUCAAGAACAAUCUGGGAUUGAUUGGAUCUCCUGGCGAGGUGACGAAGUUGGCGGAAACGGUGGAAGAUAACGGCGGGGUCGUGUUCGUCACUGCGUUCAGUGGGUUGUUUGCCCCCUACUGGAUUGACGAUGCCAGGGGUACCAUUUUCGGCAUGACGGCUUUUACGAAGAAGGGCCAUAUUGCCAGGGCCGCUCUUGAAGCUACAUGUUACCAGACCAAGGCCAUACUCGAUGCCAUGACUGAGGACAGCGGGAGUGCUCUGAAGGAUCUGGCUGUAGACGGAGACAUGAUUGGCAUCCCGGUGAAGCGACCCAUGACGCUCGAGGCUACGGCGCUCGGGGCAGCUAUUGCCGCCGGCAUGGCAGUCGGCAUUUGGAGCGGGUUCGAAGAUCUACAAAAGCUUGAGAAGAGACUCGCAGUCUUCCAACCGAAGAUUACAGCAGAGGAGGCAAGCACACGCUUUUCUCGAUGGGAGAAGGCAGUCAAGAUGAGCAGAGGAUGGCUGGAUUGA